CCCCGCCCCUUCCGCACGCUGACGCUCUCUUUCCGGCAGCCUCGGGUUCUUCCGGCGGCACCGCUCCUACGUCCGGGGUUACACGUCAUCCUUCUUACUUCCUCGCAUCUAAGGCAAGGAGGCUUUCCACUGAUGCAAACUGACGUCAAAAUGUCGUGAUGCAAUGGGGCACCGACCAAUUGGCUGAGAGCUGAGUUGGACUUGGUGGGAGCCAGAGCUGGACUUUUGCAUCUGUUCGCGCGGACGGCUCAGGACAGGUGUGAGGCAUCGUCCAGAAUAACAUGGAGACAAUUGUUAUCCAGCACUGCAUGAAGUGGACAUGAUGACCAUUUCUCUUUUAGAUGAUGGCAACAUAUCUGGAGUUCAUUCAGCAGAAUGAAGAACGUGAUGGGGUGCGCUUCAGUUGGAAUUUGUGGCCAUCCAGCCGUCUGGAGGCCACGCGAAUGGUGGUCCCGCUGGCCUGUCUUCUUACUCCUUUGAAGGAUCGUCCAGACCUGCCUCCUGUACAGUAUGAACCUGUGUUUUGCAGCAGGCCCACCUGCAAAGCUGUCCUCAAUCCACUUUGUCAGGUUGAUUAUCAAGCAAAACUUUGGGCUUGUAAUUUCUGUUUCCAAAGAAACCAGUUCCCCCCAUCGUAUGCAGGCAUAUCUGAGGUGAACCAGCCUGCCGAGCUCAUGCCCCAGUUCUCUACAAUUGAGUACGUGGUACAGCGAGGUCCUCGGUCCCCUCUGAUCUUCCUCUAUGUGGUGGACACGUGCCUGGAGGAAGAUGACCUUCAGGCCCUCAAAGAGUCCCUGCAGAUGUCCCUGAGUCUCCUUCCUCUGGAGGCCCUGGUGGGCCUCAUCACUUUUGGGAGGAUGGUGCAGGUUCAUGAGCUGAGCUGUGAAGGAAUCUCCAAAAGUUAUGUCUUCCGCGGGACCAAGGAUUUAACCGCAAAGCAAAUACAGGAUAUGCUGGGCCUGUCCAAGCCAGCCAUGCCCAUGCAGCAAACAAGGCCUGCACAGCCUCAGGAGCACCCUUUUGUUUCCAGCAGGUUUCUGCAGCCCAUUCACAAGAUUGACAUGACCCUCACAGAUCUCCUCGGGGAGCUGCAGAGGGACCCAUGGCCGGUCACUCAGGGAAAGAGGCCUCUGCGGUCCACUGGGGUUGCGUUGUCCAUUGCCGUUGGCCUGCUGGAGGGUACUUUUCCAAACACGGGAGCCAGGAUCAUGCUGUUCACUGGAGGGCCCCCCACGCAGGGGCCUGGCCUGGUGGUGGGAGAUGAAUUAAAGGUUCCCAUUCGUUCCUGGCAUGAUAUUGAGAAAGAUAAUGCACGGUUCAUGAAAAAGGCAACAAAGCACUAUGAGAUGCUCGCUAAUAGAGCUGCUACAAAUGGUCACUGCAUUGAUAUUUAUGCUUGUGCCCUUGAUCAAACUGGACUUUUGGAGAUGAAGUGUUGUACAAAUCUUACUGGAGGCCACAUGGUGAUGGGAGAUUCUUUCAACACCUCCCUCUUCAAGCAGACCUUCCAAAGAAUUUUUAGCAAAGAUUUUAACGGAGAUUUCCGAAUGGCUUUUGGUGCUACUUUGGAAGUAAAGACCUCUCGGGAGCUGAAGGUUUCAGGAGCCAUUGGUCCAUGUGUGUCUCUGAACAUGAAGGGACCCUGUGUGUCAGAAAAUGAGCUUGGUGUAGGAGGCACGAGUCAGUGGAAGAUCUGUGGCCUAGAUCCCACGUCUACACUUGGCAUCUACUUCGAAGUCGUCAAUCAGCACAAUGCCCCAGUCCCCCAAGGAAGCAGAGGUGCCAUCCAGUUUGUCACACAAUAUCAGCAUUCCAGCACACUGAAACGCAUCCGUGUGACCACCAUUGCCCGAAAUUGGGCAGAUGUGCAGAGCCAGCUCCAGCUCAUAGAGGCUGCGUUUGACCAGGAGGCUGCAGCGGUCCUGAUGGCGAGGCUUGGAGUGUUCCGGGCAGAGUCGGAGGAGGGCCCUGACGUGCUCCGAUGGCUGGACCGGCAGCUCAUCCGACUGUGUCAGAAGUUUGGACAAUAUAACAAAGAAGAUCCCACUUCUUUUAGGCUAUCAGAUGCCUUUUCUCUAUAUCCUCAGUUCAUGUUCCACCUCAGAAGAUCGCCCUUUCUCCAGGUGUUUAACAACAGUCCUGAUGAGUCGUCCUAUUACAGACACCACUUUGCACGGCAGGACCUGACCCAGUCCCUCAUCAUGAUCCAGCCCAUCCUCUACUCCUACUCCUUCCAUGGCCCGCCAGAGCCGGUGCUCUUGGACAGCAGCAGCAUUCUAGCUGACAGAAUCUUGCUGAUGGACACUUUCUUCCAAAUUGUCAUUUAUCUUGGUGAGACCAUAGCCCAGUGGCAGAAGGCCGGCUACCAGGACAUGCCUGAGUACGAGAACUUCAAGCACCUGCUGCAGGCUCCACUGGAUGAUGCGCAGGAGAUCCUGCAGGCACGCUUCCCCAUGCCGCGCUAUGUCCACACAGAGCAUGGCGGCAGCCAGGCUCGAUUUCUUUUGUCCAAAGUGAACCCAUCUCAGACACACAAUAACCUGUAUGCUUGGGGACAGGAAACCGGAGCGCCCAUCCUGACGGAUGACGUCAGCCUGCAGGUGUUCAUGGACCAUCUGAAGAAGCUGGCCGUGUCCAGUGCCUGUUAGGUGGAGGGCCGGCUGGGAUUAAGAAAAACCCUGUUUAGUGUGCUCACUGUUGUUUAUAAAGGCUUUGUAACAUUCCCUUCACUUUCCUGGCAGCUUCUUUUUUUUUUUUUUUUUUGCCACUGGGGAUCAAACUUGGUAUCUUUCACUUUCAAGGCAGGUGGGGGAACCACUGAGCUAAAUCCCCAGCCCCCUUGGCAGCUUUUAAUAAGUAAA